AGGCGCCUGUAGCCUGCGCCGGGCCCAGCCUCAGCAGCAGGAGUGUCCAGCCAAGUCAAGCGGCGGGCUCCAGCGGGAGGCGGCGGACCUGCAGGAUGUGAUGGAGCUCUUAGAAGAAGAUCUCACCUGUCCCAUUUGUUGUGGCUUGUUUGAAGAUCCUCGGGUUUUACCUUGUUCUCACAACUUUUGCAAGAAGUGUUUGGAGGGGAUCCUAGAGGGAAAUGUCCGGAGUGUGGUUUGGAGACCACCUCCAGUUUUCAAGUGUCCUACCUGCCGGAAGGAAACUCCUGUUACAGGAAUCAACAAUUUACAAGUCAACUACUCCCUGAAAGGUAUCGUGGAGAAAUAUAACAAAAUAAAAGUAACUCCUAAAAUGCCUAUGUGUAAGGUGCACAGCGGGCAGCCCCUGAACAUUUUCUGCCGGACAGAUAUGCAGCUGAUAUGUGGUGUCUGCGCCACUCGAGGUGACCACACAAAGCACGUAUUUUGCUCCAUUGAAGAUGCCUAUUCACAGGAGAAGCGUGCUUUUGAAACCCUGUUUCAGGGCUUUGAAACAUGGCGGUGUGGGGAUGCACUCUCCCGGCUAGACACCUGGGAAACAAGCAAGAGGAAAGCGCUGCAGAUUCUGACAAAGGACUCAGACAAAGUGAAAGAGUUCUUUGAGAAGCUGCAGCACACACUGGAGCAGAAAAGAAAUGAGAUUCUGUCUGACUUUGAGACCAUGAAGCUUGCAGUGAUGCAGGCCUAUGACCCAGAAAUCAAUAAACUGAACACAAUUCUACAAGAGCAACGAAUGGCUUUUAACAUUGCAGAAGCCUUUAAGGAUGUGUCUGAGCCCAUUAUAUUUCUGCAACAGAUGCAGGAGUUCAGGGAAAAAAUCAAAGUGAUCAAGGAAACCCCUCUGCCUUGUUCCAGUGUAGACAUCAAUCCCACAAUAAAGAACUUCGAUACCAGCCAGUGGGAUGGUAUAAAACUAGUAGAUGUGGACAAGCUUUCUUUACCUCAGGAAAACAGCAUGCUUAAUUUCAAGAUUUCCUCAGUCUUUUCACACAAAUUUAUAGUGACUUCUCUGAUUUGCUUAUUUAUCCUUGCAGCCACCAGAAUGACCUUUGUGGAAUCUGUCUUUGACAAUCUUCAGUGCUGGAAAACUCAACUCUUUACAAUUGGCUCAUCCUAUCUGGCAGACACUGCGGAGAUAGCUGACCAUGCCAUGUUUUACUGGGAGCAAAUGACAGAUGGAGCUUCAUUUCUAAGUGAAAAGUGCAAAAAUUAUACACUAGUGGUAUUGGAUAAUGUUGCACAAUUUGUGUGCAAAUAUAAACUGUUAUAAUGUCCACUACCAAAGCACAAAUUCAGAAGCCCAAGAAGUGAACAGAACGCUGUUGCAGAAAACUUAACAGUGCAUGCACAUUU